GUGACGUUUUUCCAAUCGACUCCAGAAAACUCUCUCCGCCGCCGCGGCCUAGCGCUCCUGUUCCCUCUUUCCCGUUAUUUUAUUCACUCAUGUCCGUCUGUCCGAACCCAAACCGAGCGGGACUCGCUGCCGUAUGAGGCGCUGAACACGGGGCUGUCGAUUUAAACUGAGUUUUUACCCGGAAACUGAGUGAAAUUGCAGUAAACAGAGUGAGGGAGAGAUGACAUCCCGAAGGUGGUUCCACCCCAACAUCACUGGAGUGGAGGCAGAAAACCUUCUACUCACUCGUGGUGUGGACGGCAGUUUCUUGGCCCGUCCCAGCAAAAGCAACCCUGGAGACUUUACUCUUUCUGUCAGGCGAAAUGGCGCCGUCACCCACAUUAAGAUCCAAAACACGGGAGACUAUUAUGACCUGUACGGUGGAGAGAAGUUUGCCACGCUGGCUGAGCUGGUGCAGUAUUACAUGGAACAUCAUGGACAGCUGAAAGAGAAAAACGGAGACGUCAUUGAGCUGAAAUACCCGCUCAACUGUGCCGAUCCCACUUCUGAGAGGUGGUUUCAUGGUCACCUAUCUGGUCGUGAGGCAGAGAAGUUGUUGACAGAGAAGGGCAAGAACGGAAGUUUCCUGGUGAGAGAAAGUCAGAGUCACCCGGGAGAUUUUGUGCUCUCCGUACGGACUGGAGAUGACAAGACGGACACCAGCGACAGCAAACCCAAAGUCACCCACGUCAUGAUACGCUGCCAGCAUGAUCUAAAGUAUGAUGUUGGCGGUGGGGAGAAAUUCGACUCGCUCACAGACCUGGUGGAGCACUACAAGAAAAACCCUAUGGUGGAAACACUGGGGACAGUCCUGCAGCUCAAACAGCCUCUGAACACGACCCGCAUCAAUGCAGCAGAGAUCGAGAGCCGGGUACGAGAGCUCAGCAAGCUGGCAGAGGCCACAGAUAAGGUCAAGCAGGGAUUCUGGGAGGAGUUUGAGACUCUUCAGCAGCAGGAGUGUAAACUACUCUACAGUCGCAAGGAGGGCCAACGGCCAGAAAACAAAAACAAGAACAGAUAUAAGAACAUUCUUCCCUUCGACCACACGCGAGUCGUGCUGACCGACGGUGAUGCAAAUGAGCCAGGCUCUGACUACAUCAACGCCAACAUCAUCAUGCCUGAUAACGAGAGUAAAUGCAACAAUUCGAAGUUGAAGAGGAGCUACAUCGCCACGCAGGGCUGCCUGCAAAACACCAUCAGUGACUUCUGGAGGAUGGUGUUUCAGGAGAAUUCUCGAGUCAUCGUUAUGACCACGAAGGAAGUGGAACGGGGAAAGAGUAAGUGUGUGAAGUAUUGGCCUGAUGUGUCCGCGUUGAAGGAGUACGGAGCCAUGCGUGUGCGGAACGUUAAGGAAACGUCAGCACAUGAUUACAUCCUGCGAGAGCUGAAGCUGUCAAAAGUUGGACAGGGUAAUACUGAGCGCACAGUGUGGCAGUACCAUUUCCGCGCAUGGCCAGACCACGGUGUGCCCGGAGACCCUGGUGGUGUUCUGGACUUCCUGGAAGAGGUCAAAUUGAAGCAAGAGGGCAUAACCGGGGCUGGACCCAUCGUGGUGCACUGCAGUGCUGGUAUUGGACGAACAGGAACGUUCAUCGUUAUUGAUAUUUUAAUAGACAUCAUCAGAGAAAAGGGAGUGGACUGUGAUAUUGACGUGCCCAAGACUAUCCAGAUGGUGCGAUCUCAGCGUUCAGGAAUGGUACAGACAGAGGCCCAGUAUCGGUUCAUAUACAUGGCCGUGCAGCACUAUAUUGAGACUCUACAGCGCCGCAUAGAGGAGGAGCAGAAAAGUAAAAUUAAAGGACGCGAGUACACCAACAUCAAAUAUUCUCUCUCUGACCUGACUGGAGGAGAUCAGAGCCCUCUGCCACCGUGCACACCAACGCCAACCUGUGCCGAUUUGAGGGACGACAGCUCUCGAGUCUAUGAGAAUGUGGGUCUGAUGCAACAGCAGAAGAGUCACAGAUGAGAUUCAGACUCCAUCACUGUCCAAAUCACAGGAAUUGCUUUUGUUGUUGCCAGGCGCUCCUGAAAACCUGAGAAGUGAUCAUGACUAAACGGAGAGACGACAAAAAAGACAAAAAAACAAAGGAAAAAAAAAAAAGAAGAAAAAAAAAUCCAGAGACCGGUCCACACGAGCUCAGAGACAUGCGGAUGGAGUGAAUUUCAUUUCUCCUUCCAGCUACGUAGCCUUUUAACCCCACACUAAGAAACCACUGUGACGAUCAUGAAGCCUUAUACUGAAUAAACCCAAAACAGCCCCUGCAAAAUCAUGUUUUUUUGGGUGUGGAGUUUUCUGAAAUCAAUUCAGGCUACAUUUAGCGCUUGUGGGAAAAGCUUUCGCUAUUACGUUCAUCUCUUACGUCUUGCCUCAUUCAUUUUUUUUUUUUUCUCUUUCCGUCUCUUUCUGGAAAGCAUUAAGUGUGAUAUUCUAACAGAAAAAGGACACUAUCAUCACAUACGCCUUUGCUAAAAUAAUUGGGAACAGAAGAGAAGCGAUUCUCAGCAAAGGAAAUCUUCACAAUACAGUUCAUUCAUUUUAUAUGCAGUGAAAAAGGCCCAAUACCUAAUCGCAGCAUUCUGUGCCAUCUUAGUGCUAGUGCUAAAUUCAGAUUGGAGGAUCCGAAUCGUUCUAAUCAUCCAUUUUCACGUCCUCUGCCUUCAGUUUAAGCCCAGUGUCCUUAAGACUUUGCUCCAAACAGCAGGAGAACUUCAACCCAGAUGGGUCGGAAAACCUUUGGUUUGCCUUUUUUGUCCCCCUGGAGAGCGACGUCCUGGUUCUGAGGACUUUUCCGUGGGACAAAACGUCCGUGUCACUGGCUUGUUUGUGUUACUGAAUUAUUGUUCUGCUGCAUCAGGCCACCCAGCAGCUGCUUUCGCUUGGCUGCGAAACCUGUUUCUUAUUCAUUUUUUUUAAUGAUAUUUUGCUGUUUUUUGUUUUUUAAAGAAAUUGCUUAUUUACGUCAAAUCACCGUAUGAACUUAAUUUCCAAAUCACUGUUUUAAAAGUGACUGCACAUUUGUAACCCUGAUGAUUUCUAGCUUGUAAAGAGCAGUGGGGGUUUUAAAGUGUUAUUUGGGCCCUCUGUGAUGGACAAACUUGACUUUUUGAAUGAAUUGUUUUUGCCAGGUCACAUGCCUACAUUUUCUCUUCUAAUUUUUGUCUUUCCAACACUCUAAAAAAAAAAUGCUGGGUUAAAAACAACCCAGGUUGGGUUAAAUAUGGACAAACCCAGCGACUGGGUUAAAUGUUUGCCCAAUCUGCUGGGUAGUUUUAUUCAACUCAACUACACACAAAAAAAUGCUGGGUCAAAAACAACCCAAGUUGGGUUAAAUAUGGACAAACCCAGCGAUUGGGUUGUUUUGAUUCAUCGUUUGGGUCAAAUGUUUGCCCAACCUGCUGGGUAGUUUUAUUAAACUCAACUAUUGAUUAAAAAUGACUAUAUGGCUGGCUUAAAAUGAACCCAAAAUAGGUUGGAAAUUAAAAAUCAGACACAUAAUUACUAGAGGCAACAAUAAUAAUCAAAAGGUGAACAUUUAUUAAUAAAUGUUUAUUAUUUAGUUAUUAUUCAUUAAACUUAUUAAUAAAUGUUCAUUUAUUAAACAUUAAUAAAUGUUAAUUUCCAACAUAUUUUGGGUUCAUUUUAGAUGAGUAAUAGUAAUUUUAAACAAUAGUUGAUUUUAAAUAACAACCCAAUCUCUGGGUCAAAAAAUACCCAAUCUCAGGGUCAAAUCAACCCAGUCACUACCCAGUCCAUAUUUAACCCAACUUGGGUUAUUUUCAACCCAGCAUUUUGUGUAGUUUUAACACUUUAAUCUUUGAUUGCAUCACUAAACCAAACUCUCAUCCAUCUAAAGUUGCUUGUUGUGUUAACGUCAGCAGUAUUUUGUCAUUUGUUUAUUUAACAUUUUCGCAAGUGCUUUAGAAAUGCAUUUUUCCUCAGCAACAUCGGUUCAGACGUCGUCUUCGUUCACAGCCUUCAGUGUCUUGUUCUCCGUUACGUUCAUAUUAUUUGGCCUUGGCUUUCUCACUUUCUUUCAACUUGAAUGUUGAUUCCUUACACAUUUAAAAUACAAAAGUCGGUGCUCUUUGAGUUGGUUUUCUCGGCCCGUCAUGUAUCUGGUGUCCUGUAGUGUGUUUAUUGUAAGUGUGUGAGCGUGUUUGUAUCUUAAAAAUACUGCUGUUUGUUUGUCCGGUCUUCUGUUUCAGCCACGCUUUUCUCAAUGAUGUAAAGAUUACACACGUGUGUGUGUGUGUGUGUGUGUGUGUGUGUGUGUGUGUGUGUGUGUGUGUGUGUGUGUGUGUGUGUGUGUGUGUCAGUGACCAAUAUCUUCCUUUUCUUUCUUUUGAAGCAAACAAAAAAAGUCCCAGUCCUCUUCGCUCCAUAGAAAGCAUUACAGUCCAAAGCAACUAAUGUGAAUUUUUGUCAUCGUGAAGAGAACGAAACGGUUGUGGAACUCAAUGCAAACUAUAUUUUUUAAACUUGUAUAUUGUACAUGAAUAUCUUGUAGAGGAGAAUGUACUUACUAAACAUAUGUAAUUGCCAUUAAGAUAUACUGUAUGUUUAACCCAGCAGCAUCUCUUCUCGUGCCAGACGGUGAGCCUUACAGAAGCUAAUAGGGUUGAUCGUGUUGUUCGGCUAUCAAUGCAAUUAACCAACAUGAACUCCUUGAUAACAAUAAACAAGAAGCUCACAUCUUCA